AUGGAUAUCGGUGGAGCAUACGGAGGCGGUAAAGCGGGCGGUGCAUUCGAUCCUAUUGCAUUCGUACAGCGUCCGACGGUCAUAUUGCGUGCCGUUUGCUGGCUAUUUGCGAUCAUCGUGUUCGGGUGUGUAUCGUCCGAAGGGUGGCGGGAGGAAGCGAACGGCAAGGAGUAUUGCAUAAUUAAUCGUGAUGGUAAUGCCUGCAACUAUGCGGUCGGUAUCGGUGUGAUCGCUUUUCUCGCCUCGAUGGGUUUCAUCGCGGGCGAGUACCUGUUCGAGCAGAUGUCAUCGGUCAAGACGAGAAAGCACUACGUGCUGGCAGAUCUUGGCUUUUCUGCCUUCUGGUCAUUCCUGUUCUUCAUCGGCUUCUGCUACCUUACCAACCAGUGGGGCAAAGCGGACGAUCCACCGAACGGUGAGGGUGUGAACAACGUGCAAGCUUCCAUCGUGUUCUCGUUCUUCUCGAUCUUCACCUGGGCCGGGUGUGCGUACUUUGCGUUCCUGCGUUUCAAAGCGGGCGUAGAUCCAUCGUUCUCCUCGACCUACGAAUCGGAUCCGAGCGCCGCUCAGCAGUACGCGGCCUACCCGGCCUCGAACGAUAAUGACCAAUUCCAGGAGGCACCGUUCUCUGGCCAACAGCAGCAACAACAGCAACAGCGGGCAGACUAUUCGCAGCCUACGUACUAA